AUGCCCAAGAACUUCACCCUGCCUUCAACCCUAAAACCCUACCAAGGAAUAGGAGACCCAAAUGUUCAUGUUACCAAGUUCCAUGCUAUGAUGUUCAUGAACAAAGAAUUUGACCCGAUCCUGUGCCACACCUUCCCAACCUUCCUGGAUGGAGCUGCCUUGAUUUGGUUCUCCAACCUCCCAAAAGGUUCCAUCUCAAACUUCGAUGAGCUGGUCGACCAGUUCAUCAAUCAUUUUGCCGCAUUAAAAAUAGACGUCCACAAUUCUGAUUACCUAAGCACCAUCAAACAAGGGUCGAACAAAAGUCUAAAAGACUACAUGACCAGGUUCACCGAAGCAACCAACGAGAUACCCAACCUAAAUCCUGAAGUCCACCUCUACGCCCUAAAGAGUGGUCUCUGUCCAGGAAAAUUCCAAGAAUCUAUAGUCAUAGCAAAGCCAAAGACCCUGGCCGAGUUUCGAGAAAAAGCAACAACUCAGAUUGAAAUUGAAGAAUUUCGAGCACUGCGAAAAGCGGAAAAACCCAUCCCAAAUAGAGAAGAGGAAAGACAAAACAGGCACUUAAAUAGCAGAACAGACCAGAGAUCAUUCAGGCUAACACCCAAGUUCGACAGCUACACCCCCCUUAAUUCAAGGAGGGAGGACAUUAUAAGAGACAUACUGCACUCAAAACUUAUCAAACCCCCAAACAGGGCCAGUACAUAUCAAGACCAGCAACAUGUAGAUAAAUCCAAGUACUGCGCUUUCCACCAGAAGUAUGACCACACCAUAGACGACUGCGUUAUAGCAAAAGAUGUCCUUAAAAAGCUGGCCCGCCAAGGGCUAUUGGACAACUAUCUCGACGGACGUGAACGAAAGCGGAACACAAAGGACCUCGGCCAGCCAUCCAAAACAAUUGACAAUCCCGGAGAUAAAAGGAAAAAGGUAGACAAUGAUAUAAAUCUACCUCGCAGAAUAAUAAAUUGCAUCUUUGGUUGUUUUGCAGGUGGCGGAUGCACAAACUCGGCAAGAAAAAGAUCAUACCGAGCUAUGAUGACGAUGACAGAAUCGAAUCCAUCCCAACCUACCAACAAGAACAAACCAGAAAUUUCAUUCAUCCCUAAAGACUAUAAGGCGAAUGAUCAAAACCUGGACGACCCUGUAGUCAUCACAACACAGGUCGGAGAGCCACUGGUAAAGAAAAUCCUUAUGGAUCCGGGAAGCAGCGCAGACGUGCUGUUCUAUUCAACAUUCCAAAAGAUGAAAUUAAGUGACAAGAACCUCCAACACUCGUCCGGAGAACUGGUAGGUUUCUCAGGUGAGCGCGUCUCUAUCCGAGGUUACAUUUGGUUACAGACCACUUUUGGAGAAUAUCCUAACAGUAAAACAAUAGACAUACAAUACCUUGUCGUGGAUAACAAGGUCAUAACUAUCCACGGAGACCAAAAGGAAGCUAGCUAG